AUGUCUGGGAAUUCCACGGUGGUCCAGGGGCUGGGAAUUUGCCAUCUCAGCUCCGCAGCCUGUGAGGCUCUCUCUGCUGUGCUCGGGGUCAACCACCCUCGGGAGCUGGACUUGAGUUUUAAUGACCUGGGAGACUGCGUCAUGUCGUUGCUGUGUAAGGGGCUGCGACAGCCCACCUGCAGGCUCCAGAAACUAUGGCUGGACAGCUAUGGCCUCACAGCCAAAGCUUGUGAGGAUCUCUCUUCCACCCUGGGGGUCAACCAGACCCUAACAGAGCUUUAUCUGACCAACAAUGCCCUGGGGAACACAGGUGUCAGGCUGCUAUGCAAGAGGCUGAGUCAUCCCAGCUGCAAACUUCGAGUCCUCUGGCUAUGUGGAAUGGACCUGAAUAAAAUGCCCCACAGAAGUCUGGCCGCUCUUCGCCUAAUGAAACCUUACUUGGACACUGGCUGCUGA